CCCAUCCCAACCUCCAACAACUACCACUCUUUUCCCGAAUUUCUCUCAACCAAGAGUUAUCCCGAGCGCGCUUGCGGUUGUGGUGCUUGGUUAGGUGGUGUAAGAGAAGAAUCUUCUCUCUUCCAUUGCUGUCACAGUUCGUGUGGCGGCGGUGGUAGCAGAGAAAGUUUUCUUUCUACUGCCGCCAUUUCUCUGGCUGGAGAAUGGCCGCAGUAGCACAACCUGUUACACCUAUCCUCGUUCCUUCUACCGUUACACAUCCGAGCCAGCAGCAUAUCUCCCUGCCACUCCGUCCGCUUCAAUGCGCUCAGUCCUUUUCAUCCCCGUCAUCAGCGGACCGCGGAAACCGCGUUAUUGACGUCGCAGCCGCGGCGGGAUUCGCCGUACCAAACGCCUUCAGACUCCCCGCAGAGCAAUCCGCGUCUCCUAGUAUCUUCUCCCUUCUCGGAUCCCCAAAGGAAGCACCGCAGCCAGAAAAACCAAUCCACGCUCCGGUUUCCGAGUCUUCCAACAUAACCACCUCCCAUACAGUCACGUUCCAAUCAGUCACCCCGCAUACAGUCAGCUCCAUUGCACUCCCUAUAGAAGGCGUUCCAUCGGACCUCUUCCUCUCACAAGCCGCCGCGAAUCCCGGAAGCAUCGCGAACAAUGGAUGCCUGUUCGACGGGGCGCUCAUGUGGGACGUCGUCGCCAGCCGAAUCGAAUCGCCGGCUUUACCCUCGCCCUUAUACACCUCAUGCGCUUACCCCUCACCCGCUUACCCCUCACCGACCACCUACCCCUCUCCCUCCGCCUGCCCCUCUCCCUUUCCCGCCCACUGGUCGCCAAUGGGUUUGUCGCCAGCCGCCGCUUUCGCACAGUCGCUCCACGCACAGUCGCUCAACGUCGCAUGCUACUACGGCGACGGUUCCCCCUUCUCCCUCCCCACGGGAAUGGAUUUCGCGUCGUCCGUUCAUCCGGCUUAUCCUUUCGACCAUGGUUAUCUGGACGCUGAGCCCGCCCCCCCCGUCGCCGCCGCCGCCGCCAGCGUCGCAGCGCUCCCGCCACCGCGGGAUGACGACGUGGAUGUGUUCACUGCGGUGGUCGCAGAGUUUCGGGAAGCGGCGCCACGGAAGCGCGAACACGGAGAGGAGAAGACCCGCCAAUUGCCGCUCGUCAACCCGUUGUGCAACCCGGCGCAAGCGGCGGAAGGAGGAGCGGAAAGCGGUCUCGGCUCGGCAGUGGGGCGUCUAGAAGGAUUGCUUACCCUGCCCCGAGGAGGGAAUGGUCAGCAUGAUGAAAAAGGCGUCUCUUCCUUCGUCCAAGGACGGCUGAGUGGCCAAGUUACAGCAGGUACAUCCAACCUGGCAGUGGGAGUGGGAGUGGGAGAAGGAGGAACGGGAGUGGGAGCGCGCAUGGUCCCAUGGCGAUUCACCACCGCCAUUGGAAAGCGAGGGAGGAACGCUUGGGGAACUCCCUUCAGAGGCGAUGCUAUCGCUUCUGGUGCCGACGACUGCAGUGGCUUCGGAACCCCCACCAGGAGCCCACUGAGCAAGAGGGAGCGGCGGCGCACAGGUGGUGACGGCCGCAGUUGCUUGGGGGGCAGUCCAGUGGCGAAUGCGGGUGUCGCUCACAGCGAGGAUGCGCAAGCGGCGGGGGGAGUAAGUGUGGGACCAUACCGACCAGAUGGAAACUCCCCGGACGCUGUAUGUCAAGCGUUGGAGGCCCGGAGCCAGGGAGGAGAGACAACGCGAGCGGCAGCGCAACCUGCAUUGGACGAGCAAGAGCACACACCUCGAGGUUUUGCGAGGAGGGCUGAAGAGCAACAGCAAACUCCAUGCGAGAACGACUCCUCUUUCCUCGCACACCUGCUCCUCCCGCCACUGCUCACUCUCCCGGCGUCCCCAGUCCCCGUUCCCAACCCCGCUACCACCCUCUGGAACGCCCAUCCACGCGUUUCAACAAUGGGAGACCCCUUAGACGUGCUCCUUAGGGAACUACAGCCCAUGGGCGUGUGGCCCACACGCGCGGUGCCGGCUGGAGUUGCUGCUACAGCCAAGGAGCCGCUACAGAGUGAGACGGAGGCUGAGGCUGAUGGGUUGUGGUCGCAGGUGGACUAUUACUAUGACGCCUCGAGCGGGGACCUCCGGGCUUACAUGCAGCGUUGCGAUGCCCCCUUCACCCAAUAUGGUGCGGUGGCGUUUGAGUCGCUUCAGCAGGCUCCACCUUUCAGCGGCGCGGUGGCGUCUGAGCGCUGUGGUCGGACUCUCGCCUGCCAGUAUGCGAAAGAGAGCAGGGAAGCGGACGCGGUGGAAUGUGGGGCACCAGAUAGAUGCGUGCUGCCGGGAAGAGGUGGUGACAGGGAGGAGAUUGGGGAAGAGGAAGAAGAGGAGGAGGGGGGAUAUGCGCUGGAGUGGGAGGAAAGGGGCAGGGAGGAAGGAGCAGGCUGGGGAGGUGUUGAGGGAAACGGGGAGGCGGGGAGAGAGCGUGUGGAAGGAGGAAUAAUGGCGCGUGAGAGAGGAGAGGGAUUGCAAGAAGAGGUGACCCGGGUCACGCCGUCUCAUGAUGCGCAAGGCUCCACCGCCCUAGCUUCUUCUGCUCCUGAUGCUGCUGCUGCUUCUGCUGCUGCUGCUCACACUGCCAGUCCAGGGGGAGCCAGGCUUGCAAGUGCAGGAGUCAGCGGGUUGAUCCAGGUGCAGACGCCGGUGGUGCCGACGUCCUUCGUGUUCGUGAUGCAGGAUAUGGACGUCAAGUUCACAGACGCUGUUACAGGCGCGGCGAGAGUGGUUACGCCUGCGGGCCAUGUGGUAACCACCACGUGUCAGGGAUGCUCGGUUCUCGACCGCCUGCUGCACACCAACGGUCUGUACGACACGCGUCUGGAGGUGCACAUGGGGCCAGGCAGCGAUGCCGACACGCACGCUGUGCUGCUCACGCGCUUCAGCUCGCACGUGCCACACCCACCACCACCGCAGCCACACCCACAGGGACAGCCACCAAGCUUGGUGUCCGUUUCUGGUGCUGGUGGUGCUGGUGCUGGUGCUGGUGGUGCAGAUGGUGGUGUUGUUGUUAGAGGUCUGAUUGCCACUGGCGGCGCUGGUGCCGUUCCCUUGAGCGAUGCAAAGGCGGAGGAGAACCCGACAGCAUCGGCCACAGUCGGUGGUGCCUCUGCAGUAACCGGCUCCGGAAACAACAUAGCGGCAGCAGCAGCACUAGAGGCGGAGGGAGGGACGAGGAGAGGGGCCGAGAGGAACGGCAGCAGCAGCAUGAGCAACGCCGUGUGGAGUGCCACCGGCUGCCACCCCCAGUCCCUGGGCUGUGCUGUGCGCCGCAGCAGCAAGUGCAACAGCAGCAGCGGCACGGGGGGAGCAGGCUUACGGGCAGAAGGGAUGAUAAACCCGUGCCAGGAGUGGACAGGGAGUGCGGUUGAGGAGGUGGAGGAGGAGGAGGAAGAGGAUAAGGGGGAGGAAGAGGAGGAAAGGGGGGAGGAAGAGGAGGAAGGCGAGGGCGGAGAAGGGGAGGAGGAGGGAGACGAGGAUGGGGAGGAGGAGGAGGAGGAGGGGAUGGGGGCUGCUAUGGAGGAGGGGAGUAUGGUAGAGCGUCCUAGGGGUGGUUCAGACGCAUCAGUGAAUAUGAAAGGAGGGGGGGGUGGAAAUGGGAGUGGCGUGGAGAGGGGCAGCAUCGGCAGCAGCACCAUUUGCUUCGAGCAGCAGCGACUUGACCUACCCGACGACUCCCCGGCCUUCAUCGCGCAUCUGCUGCAGCACUACGACGCCCUGCGCCACGCCGACGGCUUCGUCCUGUGCCACCACUCGUUCAGCCCGUCCCUGCACCUCGCGCACUUGCACCCCUUCUUCUCCGACUGCCCCGCCCCCCCGGACCCCUCGGAUUGCCCUGCUCCUUCUGCUCCCUCUGGCUUUUCUGGCCCUGCAGCUGCUGGUGGUACGGGAGAGAGGGGUGCUGCUGGUAGGGAAUGGGGAGUUGCGUUGCUGAGCGGUGAUACGGCGUGCAAGUUUGAGGACGAGGGGGAAAAGGCGGGGAAUCGAGACGGGUUGGAGAACGAAGAGGAUAGAUCGGAUGGGGGGGAGUUGCAGCAUGGAGCGGCAGCAACAGCAGGGGAGUCCCCCCAAUUGACAGGAGGGGCAGAAAUGCCAGAAAGACGAGGGGGAAGAGAGGAAGGAGUGACACUGACGUAUGAUCUGAGGUCUUGGCAGGCGCAAUAUCCCAUGGGCGUGGAUGAGGAGUUGGGAGCAGAGUGGCAGGGGUACCAGGCGGCCAUAUGUGACGAUGUCCUGGACAUUGAUUCCUUCAUCGGCCUACACCCGCAGCAGCAGCAGCUGCAGCAGCAGCAGCAGUAUCAGCAGCAGUAUCAGCAGCAGCAGCAGCAGGAGGAGACUUAUCAGCAGCAGCAGCAGGCACCACUGCUGGCCGACCCUUCUGGGUACCACAUGACGUCAUACCCCUCUCACCAGUCUCACCUCACCGAUCUCUCUCGUCCCCCAUCGUCUCUACUCACACCUCCUCCCAUGCCUCGAUGGGGUUCAAGUGCUGCCAUGCGGACACUAGCACCAGGAAAAGCACACACUGAAGCAGCAGCAGUAGCAGCAGCAGCAGCAGCAACGGUGCAUGUGGGCCCACACUUCAGGGCACAAGCGGCUACAACAACACACUCUGCUGCACAGGCAGCACCACACACCGCACCCCUGCUAUAUGUAGCACCAUUCAAUGCAGCACAAACGAGCGCACAGGGGCGCAACGGAGCAUCCGUGGUAACACAAUUCGUCGUAACACAACCCGUUGUAACACAAUCCCUUGUGUCUCCCAGCAUAAAUGGGGGGGAUGUACAAACUAAGUCUGCAGGAAAAGGAAAGGCAGCGGGGCAGGGGCGCGGAAGAGCAAAGGGAUCCUUCCAUCCGGCAACAGAUGCAAGUACCUCUGGCGCCCAUCCUGCUGCUUCUGCUUCUGCUGCUGCUCCUGUUUCUGCCGUACCUCUUCCUGUCGCUGCUGCGCACGGUGCUGCCGCUGCUGCUGUGUCUGGUGGUGUGGGCACCGUUACUCGUGGAAAGAAAAGCCGACAGCGUGCGGGUGGUGCCGCUGCUGCUGCUGCUGCCGCUGCUGCUGCUGCUCCUGCUGCUGCUGCUCCUGGAUCUGUUGGCGGUGCUGCUGCAAUGAAAGAAGGCGUCUUGCACCACCAUUCAAGGUCCCAUUUUUGCAAGGAGGAAGGGAGUGGAACGUUCACCAUGGGGAGGGGUGCACUCCCAACGGUUGUGCCUCUCACCACUCCACCUCCUCCACCUCCUCGUUCCUCUGUGUCUGCUCCUGCCGUCUCAGCUACAGCAGCUUCCGCCUUCCCAGCUUCUCCUGCUGCCUCUGGUGCUGUAGUCACUGCUUUUGGUACCACUGCUACUGCUACUGCUGCCCCUGCUGCUGCUGCUUCUGCUGCUGCCGCUGCUGCUGCUACUGGUGCACGCGGCUCUGCUGCUGGUGCCGGUGGCGUGACAAGGAGUAACGCAGCUGCUCAGAGGGAGAAGUCGGGCCGCAUUCAGCUGCCUGACCUAGCGAAACAUUUCCACCUGCCCAUUAACGAGGCUGCCCGGGAGCUGGGCAUCUGCCCGACUGUUUUGAAGAAGAUCUGCCGGCGCCAUGGCAUGCGGAGGUGGCCGCAUCGCAAGAUCCGCAGCAUAGAGCGCAUCAUAGCAACGCUAGAGGAAACCAUCGCGGGAGGAGCACCAGCGGACGAGAGCAUCAUCCGGGAAAUCAAAUCCCUCAAGGCGGAGAAGAAGAGGCUCUGCGACGGCCACCUGGGGGACCUAUGAUCUGCCCUUAUACACUAUGAUGCCACGUCAUGCCAGCAUACUGGUACUACCAUUCGAUGGUAUCAGCCGCAGUCUAUUUGGGUUUGCUUCCAGCGGUUUUUAACGUGAAGCUGGUGGUGUGCGGCGGUUCGUCUGCAUGUGGAUUGUGCCUUCCUGGAUUCAUGGAUGGCGGGAUGUGGCUUCUCUAGAGGGUUGGUGAUAAGGCAAGCCAUGGCCCUACAGCAUAGAGCACUCUUCCCUGCUCACCUUCCCUCUCCCAUCUCUUCAAGCAUCUCUUUCCUCCUCCACCAACCCCCCGUUCUCUGUAUACUUUCGUUCUUUAAUGCAGCAGCUAAAUUACUCUAGGUAGGAACUAACACCCUCCUGUGGUGUAAGAAAGAGCUCAAACUCAAAUGUUGCACGCACUCUCAUUAUUUGUAGUGUUCAAUUGAUC